ACGUUCUGAAACCUCACGAGGAGUCUCUCAUCAAAGCACAUCCCAUGGAAUGCCUAAAUAUUUAACAGUCUCUUCUUUCGUCCGAGCUCGUGCGGCUGAAAUAAAGGCCAUGCUGAAGGCGGUUAGAAAGAAGUCUUCCAAUACCUUAGUGUUUCAGUCUCUGCCGAGGCACAUGAGAAGGCGGGCAAUGAGCCACAAUAUCAAGCGCCUGCCCAGGCGGCUCCGUGAACUUGCCAGAGCAGAGGCAGAGAAACCAGAACAUCAGAAAAAAGAUCUCCCUAAGAGCAAGUGUCGUAAAGCGAGGCGACGUCAUAUAAACUUGGUGGUUGAGUUCAAUCGCAGACAGAAGCAGAACAUCUGGCUGGAAACACACAUCUGGCAUGCAAAACGAUUUCACAUGGUGAAGAAGUGGGGCUACUGCUUAGGAGACAGGCCCACCACCAAAUGCUAUCGAGCCUGCUACCGAGCCAUGGCGAACCACUGCCUGCUUCAGGAUUUAUCAUACUACUGUUGCCUGGAGCUGAUUGGAAAAGAGGAAGAACUCCUAACAGCGCUUGCUCAAAUGUGCAGUGUAGACACAGGUCCAACAUUCGCAGCUAUUUCUUGCCUAGGUGGGAGACGUCAGGGUGCUCUCAUGUUGUACCGAAAAGAUCAGUACCCUGAUGGUGCUCUUGGUCCCAUUACCUUCAUUUGGAAACCCAGACAUGAAACCGACAGUGCUUCCGGCAGCCGGCAGCUGUGGAUAUGGACGCAUCCAGUCUUUAAGCAGGAUAUACUGGCGGAGUUGAAGGCCGUCUGCCACUGUUCGGAGCCUUUGGAACCCUGUAACCCCAAACCGGUGGUGACACUGUCCCAAGGAGAAAACAGAAUGGAUGUCACUGAAAAAGUUGGCCAAAAAAGGAAGAGGAACGAUGACAGCAAAAUGGUUGUCCCUGUGAAAAAAAUCAUUGGUGAUGGAACCAGAGACCCCCAUCAGCCGUAUUCCUGGGUAUCACAGACUACUGGGAUUGCGAUCAGGGACUUGACCAUGGAGAUCCUCCGAUAUCGACUGAUUGGUCCUCUUUCGCACUGUGUCCUUACAGAGUCACUCAAGGCUGCCUCUGUCCAUACUGACCUGGGCACUACAGAUUCUGAAAUUAAAAAUUGGUGGGUAGAAAAUUGCAGAAAUCCUGAGCAGGUGUCUCUUCAUCGUCGUCAAGAAGCAGUCUUUGAACUUUUGCGAGGGUUAAGUGCUUCAAACCUUCCAUCAGGUACUAUAUUGGGUUUGACGGUUGGGGAUCCACGACUCAAUUUGCCAAAAAACAGGUCAAAGGCCAUGCCAAAUCCAGAGAAAUAUCAAGAUGGUGAAAAAGUUAGACAGCUGGUCUUAGAAGGUGUUUCUGCAGAGUGCACACAGAGUUUUCUCUGGGACCGGAAUAUUUGUAACAGUGUCACAGAAAAUAAAAUGCCAGAAAAGGACCUGAAUAGCCUUAGAAGUAAACUCUUGGUACCCGGAUCAUACCUUGACUUGGGCCCGCAAGAAUCCAAGAUUCCUAUACUGCUGCAGCCUGGAAAAAUAGCUGGAGAAGAUUGGCCAGGCUGGGGAAGUGGCUGGGAUAUUUUGCUGCCCAAAGGUUGGGGCAUGGCUUUCUGGCUUCCUCUUAUCUAUCGAGGUGCACGAGUGGGCGGCUUGCAGGAGGGUCUGAAACAUUCCCUGUAUAAAAGAACUCCUCAUGUUCCCAGUGACUACCCAGACUGUCCUGCUGGUAUCCAGUUUGCUAGAGAAGUAGAGAGGGAUCUUCUGGAAAAAUUUAAGAGGCGUCCUCCUGCGAAAAGAGCGAAUUACGUUAAACAUGGGACCCUGGCACCGUUUUUCUGCCCCUGGGAGAAGCUCACCCUGGAUUGGAAGGUUCAGCAUGAAGCUGGCCAGAGAGCUGAGGGCUCAUCAGUCCUGGGCAGUGGGGACUCGGCUGCUGAAGGAGGAGAGGCUUCUCGUGGCCCCUUGACAGGCCAGUUGAGGACAGAGAUGGAUGCGUCUUCCCAAGACAACAUGCAGGUGGAAAAUGUGACUGGCAUGACAGAUCCGUGUGAGAAAGAUGAAACGACAUCAGAUUGUGCCUUUUGUGUCCUCAGGAGCAGGAAACUACUACGGCAGGUCUCAGCCUGGUGUCAGCCUGCGCGUGUCAAAGCUCAAAAGAUCCGGCACCGUGCUUCCAAGUUGUAGCAGGAAUUGACUGAAGAUGCCCUCUUGCCUGUUGUUCAAUGCUAUCCUAGGGCACUAGUCUGGGUCUGCUUGACCCUUCUUAAAAAAGGUAGCCCUGAAUUGCACGCCAUGAUCUGCAUCCCAUCAAAAGAAGAUCUACUUCAGCUAAGCAAAGACAAAAACUUCUGUGGUCCACAGGAACCUAAACACAGCGAUGUCUUCAAGAAAAUGGUUUUAAAACAAAAGGAAAUGAAAAAGAGGGCGAAGACUGGGAAGGCAGUCCAAAAUAUUAUGUCUAGUACCAUGAACAUAACCCCAACCGAGCAAGAGGAUCUAAUUCUAGGCUUAUGGCCUGAGCCACUGCCAGAUGCGACAUCCCACUGUUCCAGAGUUCUCUUAGGAUUUGUCGCUCAGGGGGACUUCUCAUUGGCCUUUGGCUGUGGGGAAGCUCUAGGUUUUGUUAGCCUGACAGGACUACUGAGGAUGUUGCUGGAUCAGCCAGAAGGCCAGAAAGGGCUUAUUUUGUUAAGGAAUCCAGCAUCACUUCAGUAUAGAUUUGCUAGACUUACUGUUGAAGUAUAACUUGGUUGGGACUCACUGCUACUGAGGAAGCCUUUCUGUGAAACUGUAUGGCUUCUUCUUCUAGAUGCAGUGACCC